AUGCGGGAACGAAAAGGAGGAAAAUCUUGCCUACCUAUAAAAUGUACAAAUUUGUGCGAGAAGCCUUCGGCUGCAUUGGCAAAUAUUUCAACCAACUUGCGAAGACUAUACCAGAAUCUGCUUAAAUGCGGUGUUCGCCUUGACCUAACACGCCAAUUCUGGGGAGUCGCUGCCUUUCUCGCUCCGCCACCUCCUCCUCCUCCUCCCCCGCCUCGUUCUUCGACGCAAUUCAAUCGCGUAGCGAAUGAUCAAUCAUUCUAUAAUUUGAAUCAAUCUGAGCCGUCGGAUCAAUCUAUCUCUUGGGACGAAGAGUCUCCGUCUGAUCCUGCGGCGGUUGCGGGGAUUAUGGAUGAUUUCGCUGAGAUCGGGGGAAGGUUGUCGAAGAUGGCAGCGGAUUAUUUUCCGUUUGGAUCGGGGGAAAAUGAGGAAGAAAACGAGAUAGGAAAUGAAAAUGAGGAGGAGUAUCAGGAGUUCAAUGCGGUUGGGAUAACGGAUGAGGUGUUGGCGUUUGCGAGGAACAUUGCACAUCACCCAGAAACGUGGUUGGAUUUCCCUCUUGAUCCCGAUGAGGACUUGGAUCAUGCUAUGGCCGUUGAACAUUUUGCUCCGAGACUAGCAGCUCUGAGAAUUGAACUUUGUCCUUGCCAUAUGAGUGACAGUUACUUUUGGAAAGCUUAUUCUGUUCUUCUGCAUUCAAGACUUAACAAGAAUGAUGCUGAGAUUCUGUCUACACCUCAGUGGUUAAUCCAUUGCUGGCAGGUAACAGAAGCCCGAGUAUUGUGGAUGAAGGAGCUGCAAAAGCAAACGAAGCCAGAAACUGACUGGUAUGGAAGAAGCACUUCGCACUUAGGAGACAGCUUUAGUAUUAUGCACCAAGAUCUUAUUCCUUCCUCAUCCAGUUAUUUUACCUUUGAGACCAUGUCACCUAGGACCUAUACUUCUGAACCCACAUCCAGCAUCACAACAGAUUAUGAGACUGAGAAGCAUCCUGUUGAAGGUACUGAGAUGCCAUUCAUUGAUAAGUCUGUUAUUGACCGGUGUCUAACACUAAGUAUAAGGAUCAUCUGGUUGGUCCAUCCUCAAAAACAUUGAUUCUAACUUUUGAAGAUGAUGACAUUGAUUGGCCAGAAGAUGAUGAUUCUCAAUUUGGUGGUUAUAGUGUGGCUGCAAUUUGUAUGGGGAAGGAAGAAGAUAUUUCUUUCAGUGAUCUGGAGGAUGUCAAUGAGGGUAGUACCUGUACAAAAUCUAAGAUAGUUUCAGAGGGAUUUGGAACUUCUAAAACAUGAUUCCUGUGAUUGGACUUAGCUUGACGUAAGCUCUGCUGGUUGGACCAAAGAUGGAGCCGAAAGGUCAUUUGGUUUGGUGUAAAACCUGGGUUUACGGACACCAACAGCAUUAUGGGUUGCAGGUGCUGAAGGUGUCUCGGGAGCUUGUUUGAAUAUGAUGAGUGAUCAAUCAUUGGUAAUAGAAUGACACUGAUGUUGAUUGGUUGUGCAAGGAUUGUAACUGAAACAAUAUUGAUUUUCCAGGGUGGGAAAAACGUGCUACAUCGAAAGGACCAUGUCCUGUGUCCACAGAAAAUGUACAAGGGGCUUAAGUUGAAAUGAGAAUAGAAAACAAUGAGAACAACUUUGUCGCAGUUUUCCUUAGUUGUAAUACAAGAUUUGUACAGAAAAUCUGUAGUUAAAAAGUUCCAUUCUUAGAACAUAAGGUUCACCAUCGGAUACAGGGUGUAUUUUUUAAAUCUUUCCGCUAAAUCUUAUGUAAUAAGAUGAGGUCAUGAUUCACGAGAUUAGGGAUUGCAGGUGAUGAUUCACAAUAUUUGAGAUUGUAGAUGCUGAAACUUAGAUUUUUAUAUUUGUUACUGUAAUUUAUGAAUUAUUAUAUAUGUAAUUAGAUCGUUGGAAGGAUCUUUUUAUUCAAUUCUGAGAUCAGAAUUAUUCGU